AUGACACAGCAAGACCCAUCCUGGAACCCGCCUCGCGGACCAAAGAACCGAUACCCACACCGACGAGGCCACGUCCAAGCAUCAAGUGAUCCAAACCCCGCCCCGCAGAUCUUGCAACCGCAAAGUCAGCAUACUGAGUCGACUUGGAAUCCGCAGCAGCGGAAUAGCGAUCCUUUCCAAUAUGAUACGCAGACAAUGCCAUACUGGGACGAUGCAAGUGGCGCGAUCCACGAUAUCUCCAAUGCAACACCGCGAAAUCUAGAUGCAUCAUACGCGAAGGGCUUUGAUGGUGGUGAGACUAGAACUACGCAUAGCCAGCAACAGCAACAGCAGGACCAGGUUGCGGGUCUUCAAUCUUAUGGUCAACAUCAGUGGCAUAAUCCAUAUGCCGAGAUUGUUGGCGGUGGACCGUAUGCACAAGAUCAAGUAACUCAUCCUACAUCUACAUCUACGCCACCGAAGAACACAUCUAGGACCGCUAUCACCAAAGACAACAAGGGCAACAGGAGAGAUUUCACGCCGUACUUCGACGCCGCAGACCCGCGAAACCACACCGAUCUAAAAAGUCCAGAUAAAUACAACUUCCUCCGCACAAAGGAUGUGAAUCAGAAGCUGCGUCAGGACACCACCGAUGCGAUCAAACUAGCAACAGAGAAGCGGGGGAAGGUCAAGGCAGACCAGCCAUUACCAUCGCUACCUGAACAUGAGCCAAAGACAACAAUAGUAAAGAGGAAGAGCGCGCCUCUUCCGCCAAUUCUGCCUAGAUUCAACUUCGAGAACUCGGCAAUAUCGCCGAAGCUGGCGAAGUCUAGGACAGCUUCGUUUGGGAAGAGUGCAGAAGCCCCAGCCCAACAAAACACGACCCCUCUUUCCGCGAUCGUCGAAGCACCGUCUCCGCUCACCAAAUCUAACAAGCGAAACAGUGUCGACCGCACACCCACACUCGACCGCGUCCUCGCCCUCCGCGCAGAGGAACAAGCGAAAGCGCUUGCGAAACUCGAGGGUGAUGUGCUAGAAGAUAAGGGUAUUGAUGACAGCGAGCAACAUAUUCCCCGCGAGUUGGUCAAGCGGAUAAGCGACUCGGAAAGCCGGUGUAUUCCUAGAGUCACGUCGCGGGAAGAGAAGCGGCAUGCGUCUGAGUUUGUUCCGGGUAUGAAAGUGCCGGGACUGGAUGAGCAGGAGGGCGUUUGUGUGAUGGAUGAUCCGGACGUUCGGGCGAAGGAGAAGGAGGAGGAGGAUGGUGCGGGUAGUAGUGUGUAUAGCAGCGCGAAUAACGCUCAAGAAGACGAGAUUGAGAAGUUGACAAAGGCGAUAGCGGGACUGAAGCCGUUUCAGGAUCUGCCGCCUCCGUCGCCGAAGAAGAAAGCGUUCGAGCGGCAAAGCGCUGUGCCGAUGGGGUUAAACGUAGGGAAGAUUGGAAACGGAAAAGGGGGGUUGAAGGAUGGUGCUGCACUGAAGCCAAAGCCGGAGGAACUAGGUGGAAGAACGCAAGCUGAGGCAGAAGCGGAGCUUUUGAAGGUACUCAAUACGACGAAUGAAGGUACAGGUAGGGAUGGUGCCGGCGUGGGAACGUCGCAGGAGAACUCAUCGGCGGAGUCUUUUGCGACGGUUUCUUCAGAUGAUUACGAACAAAUUCGAGCAGAGGAUGAGCUGUCGUCGGAGCAGAAUGGCGUGAAGAGGCGGUGGUAUAAGGGCUUUCGGAAGGUUUGA